AUGACGAAGAAUCUCGUACUUCGAUUAAAUCAAUCCUUAUUACAUCAUGUCAAAAGUUUUAAUAGAACACUUUUAAAUAAUAAGUAUAAUUCAAAUGCAAAUAUUGAAGGAUCAAUUAAGAGAUAUUUUUCCAUAGAAACGAUUAAAGUACCUAGACUUGGUGAUUCAAUCACUGAAGGUACGAUAAAUGAAUGGAAAAAAAAAGUGGGUGAUUAUGUUAAGGCGGAUGAAACGAUAACAAUUAUCGAUACCGAUAAAGUAAGUGUUGAUAUAAAUUCUAAAGCAAGUGGAGAGUUAUCCAAAAUUUUUGCAGAUGUAGGAGAUGUUGUUUUGGUAGAUGCACCUUUAUGUGAAAUUGAUACUUCUGUGGAACCACCUGAAUAUAUUAGUAAAACUAAAGAGGAAGUAGGAGAAAGUAAAAAUAAUGAAAAUAAUUCUACAUUUAAUCAAAUAAAUAGAGAUAUUAUAGAUGAAGUUAGUAAAAAUGAAAAAAGUCUGUUUGUAAAAGAUCCUAUUAAUUUUGGUAAUAAUUAUGAAUCAAUAAAUGAAAGAACCGAAAGAAGAGUCCGUAUGUUACCUAUAAGAAAAAGAAUUGCAGAACGAUUAAAGGAAUCACAAAAUACAUGUGCUUUAUUAACAACAUUUAAUGAAUGUGAUAUGUCUAAGGCAAUGUUAUUAAGAAGUGAAUUAAAAGAUAUUUUUCAAAAAAAAUAUUCAUGUAAAUUAGGAUUUGUAUCUUUAUUUAUGUAUGCAUCAACUUUAGCUCUAAAACAAAUGCCAAAUGUAAAUGCAUAUAUAGAAAAUGAUGAAAUUGUAUAUAAAAAUUAUAUAGAUAUAUCUGUAGCAGUAGCUACACCUAAUGGAUUAACAGUUCCAGUUAUAAGAAAUUGUCAAAAUAAAAAUUUACCACAAUUAGAAUUAGCCUUAUCUGAUUUAGCUACAAAAGCAAGAUCAAAUAAAUUAUCAAUUGAUGAUUUUAGUGGUGGUACAUUUACAAUAUCUAAUGGAGGUGUUUUUGGUAGUAUGUUAAGUACUCCUAUUGUUAAUAUGCCACAGUCAGCUAUUCUAGGAAUGCAUACAAUAAAAAAUAGACCUGUAGUUGUAAAUAAUGAAAUUGUAAUUAGACCAAUUAUGUACCUUGCACUUACAUAUGAUCAUAGAUUAUUAGACGGAAGAGAAGCCGUACAAUUUUUAUGUGCAAUAAGAGAUUAUAUAGAAAACCCUAAUCUAAUGUUAAUUGAUUGUUAA